UAACAGUAAUUUAAAAUCUACAAUUACGUGUCACGAAGAAAAGUACAAUACGCGGUUUGUCGGAACUUACUUUGCUUGAGGCAUUUUACCAACACUGCCAAAUAAACAGCUAUGCUCAAGAGGCUUAGGGACUUAACAACAUUCCGGAACCUAUAACUUGUAUUAAGUAGCUUUGGUUUUCAUAUUGGCUACUGACGAAAGCUGACAGCUCCGUAAAUCAUAUAGCACAACAACUGUUCAGCAUUUACCAACACCACAAAUUAAACAGCUGUGUGAUCUAAGAACCUUUAAAUUGAAAACAUUCCUUAAACUGAAUUAAAUACACUUUUAAAAUGGACAUAUCGGCGCUUUCAGAGCCAGUUGAAUUUUCAGCCGCCGAUUGGAUUAAUGCAAAUUAUAAGAAGUAUACUGAAGAGAAUAAUAAAAAAGAGAGUGCCACUGCUACAUCAUUCAUACAAAGCUACGUGGCUAAGCUGCAGCUGUAUGUGCAGCAGGUUAACUAUGCUGUCGAAGAAUCUAGCCAGCAGGUUGUGGCCAGCAUGCCACGCAUUGCCAAGGAGGCUGCCACACUUCAGAGUGAUGUGGCAUUGUUGCAGCAAAAGAUGAGCGCGAUGCGUCAGGAAGUGGCGGCCGUUCAGGAAGAAACCGGCGACUGCAUGGCUACCUUAGAGCGUUUGAAUAGUUUGCAAAGCAAAUUGCAGGCGGCCAAGGAAUCUUUGCAAGAGUCGGAUGGUUGGGGCAAUCUGCUCUCCGAACUGGAAGACUGCUUUGAACGAAAUGAUAUGAAGGGCGUUUGCGAUAAGCUGCGAGCGCUGCAGAAGUCGCUGCAGGCUCAGGAACAGCUGCCUGGUCAUGCCGAACGUCAAACGCAGGUGGAGGAUUUCAAGAACCGCUUGGAGGCCAUGGCAUCACCUAGCCUAGUUCAAUGCUUUGCUGAAUCAAAUCUGGAGCAGGCACAGCGUCAUGUGCAAAUUUUCAGCAGCAUUCAGCGCUUGCCACAGCUGCAGCAGUACUAUCGAGCUGUUCAAAAGAAUGUGCUGCAACAGCAAUGGAAGCAAACGCUCGAGCUGCAGGUCAGCGAAUCACCCCAGCAGCACUUCCUUACACUCUUCUACGAUCAGCUUUUGGAGCAUUGCCAACGCCAAUUGAAAUGGUGUGUGCAGCUCUUUGCAGAUGAAUCGAUAGACGUGGCUCAGUCCCAACCAUUUUUGGUCAUUGCCGAGCUGUUGCCAGCUCUGCAGCCAACACGCGAUGCCCAUAUUUUGCAGCUGCUGAAGAGUUCCAAUGAGCGACUAGAGCUGUUGGCACAAUAUUCUCAGGCCAACCAGAAUUUCGUUUUGCAUCUGAACUCGAUGCUGAAGCAGUCGACAAUUAGCUUGCCUGCCGAGCUGCAUGGCCAGCUGGCUGAGGCGGUGUUUGAAUACUUUCACAAGUUCAUACAACAAUAUCCACGUCUGGAAGAGACUCAGCUGUCCACACAAGUUGAUCGCUUGCUCUCGAAUCAGUCGACGCCCAGUGAUGCAGUGCGUCAUCUGGAGGACAGCACUCGCAAGCUCUACGAGUGGCUGCAGCAGGCUUGCACACGCUGUGAGGCUAUAACCAAUGAUUUAGCUCUGUGUAGGCUGAUUACGGUGCUCAAUGGCAUAUUCAAGCGGCAACUGGAGAACUUUAACCGCACCCAGCGCCAGCUCAGCCUCAGUCUGGGUAGCAGCAAUAGCGAAGGCACAGCGCGCAGCGAGAAUUGGGCGCUUCUGCAGUACACGAUGUCCCAGCUGCAGUGUUUGACCGAUUUCCAGUUGCAGCUGCAUCAGUUCGAACAGCUGCUUCAUUUGCGCAUGAGCAGCUUAGCCAACAGGUUGCAGCAACCAGCGAGUGGACAGGAAAUCAGCAUCUAUCAGACCUGUGAACGUGCUAUGCACCAGCAGCUGCUCUCUACCAUUGCCGAUUACCAGCAGAAGAGGAGCGAGGCAACAACUGCUACUAGUUCCGAUAGCCUGGGAAUCUUUCCACAGAUCUAUGCCACACUGAAAACUUAUCUGGAAGAAACGCACGAUAUUACGUUGAAUAUAUUGCUGCAGCCCAUCGAGGCGCACCUGGCGCAUAUACGUCCGCCCGUGGAGGCCUACUCGAGUUCAUCAGGCAUCAAUAUGCCCGCGUUUAGCUACGCUCCACAAGAGAGCAUCACACAAAUUGGCCAAUAUCUGCUAACGCUGCCCCAGCAUCUGGAGCCGCUAUUGCUGUCGCCAUCAGCACUCCUGAAGCAAGCUCUCGAACUCUGCAACAUUAAGUAUACACAGGCUAUACCCUGCGCUGAUGUUCUGCUCUCUCUGGUCGUUGAGCAAUGCUGUGUAAUGUAUCAGGCUCAAAUAUUGCAAAUCAAAUCGUUGCCAGCCUCGUCGGCCACACAGCUCAGCGUAGACAUUGAAUACCUAUCCAACGUGCUCGAGGAACUGGGCUUAACAAUCAAUCUGCAGCUGUCGCAGAUUCUAACUUUGUUGAAGGCUGCACCCGACCAGUAUCUCAACCUAAGCUCCGGCUGUGAGCCGCGUCUGGUGGCUGCCAUACGACAAAUGAGAAAUAUUAUAUCCUCGCAAUAA